CGCCUCCAACUAAAGCAAAACGAAUCCAUAGCAACCGAGGUGUUAGAAUAUACGAGGGGUGCGUGAAAGCAGCGGGGGGGAGCUUCAAGAUGGUGAAAUUCGGGCUCCAGUUUAAAGCCACUCUGGAGAAUGUGACCAAUGUUCGGCCGCUGGGCGACGACUUCCGCUGGUUUCUGAAGCUGAAGUGUGGGAACUGUGGCGAGAUCCCAGACAAAUGGCAGUAUAUAACCCUCGUGGAGAGUGUGCCGCUGAAAGGAGGAAGAGGCAGUGCCAGCAUGGUGCAGAAGUGCAAACUUUGUUCGAGGGAAAAUUCAAUCGAUAUCCUUGGAGACACAAUCACACCAUAUAAUGUUGGUGACAGUGAAAGCUUCAAAACAAUGGUGCAGUUUGAGUGUCGAGGUCUGGAGCCCGUCGACUUCCAUCCAAAAGCUGGAUUUGCUGCACAAGGAGCAGAGUCUGGGGCUCAGUUUCCUGAAAUUAACCUAGAAGAAAAUGACUGGACAGACUACGAUGAGAAAGUCAAGGAGUCGGUGGGAAUAUACGAAGUCACCCAUAAAUUCAUCAAGUGCUGAUUUCAUCAUGUGACGAGCCUCAAAGAUUGACGACUGAACACUGCGGCCAAUCAUAUGCAGGCCUGGUUUCCUGGCAACAUGGAUGCGUCUGUGGCUCGGGUUGGUUGAUGAUGAACGUUAAAAGAAGUGGAAUAACAACACAGGUUGAAACAUACACACAUCUUGGAUUGAUGAACGUGCCCCAAAGACAAGUUUUUUUUUCAAUACCUCAAUAAAAUUGAAGGUUGGAAAUUG